CCAGAAUGGUCGCUGCAUCGCUCCUUCUCUUAGGCGCUGCCCCCCUCGCCGCUGCUUACUCCUGGGCCGCUCCGUCUGCGUCUUCCUUUGCGGGCGCAACGAGCGCGGACGUCUUUCCGCCCCCCGGCGCGACAAUUACAACGGACGAGACGUACUUUCCUGAUGCUGAGCAGGUUGGCUUCGCCGGUCCCACGCCUACUGGCGCAGAGCCUGAGGCCAUUCAGACAGCUCCAGCCGCGCCCAUCAAAACGGAUACCUACCCACUGAUCGACCCGUACACAAUCCCCGGAUUCAGCCCUCUGCGCUAUUGGGGAAAUCUCUCUCCAUGGUUCUCGGUUGGAGGCGCAUUUGGUCUUCCGGACACGUCACCCCAGAUUCCAGUCGGCUGCGAGCUCACGCAAGUGCAUAUUCUGCAACGCCACGGCGCACGAUACCCCUCGGAUGAAGGCUCGAAUGUACUGGCGGGCGCACUGCAGGCUGCGGUCGUCAAUGGCACCGGCUUCACUGCGAAGGGACCCCUGGAGUUCUUGAAUACAUGGACAUAUAAACUCGGUGCCGAGAUCCUGACACCGUUUGGCAGGCAGCAGCUGUAUGAUCUUGGAGUGGCUGCGAGGGUGAAGUAUGGAGAGCUUCUGAAUGGAUUCACGUCGCUUCCUGUGUUCCGGACGACGUCUGAAUCCCGGAUGGUUCAAUCUGCCCUUAAUUGGGCCGCAGGCUUCUUCGGUGUGGAGGUUUACGAGUCGUCGUACCACCAGGUCAUCAUCAUCGAGGAAGAGAAUUAUAACAACACCCUUGCGCCGUGGAAUGCAUGCAACAACGCGAACGGCCCGAUUUACGAGAUGGGCAGCUGGUACCAGGGCAACUGGACUGACGUUUACCUCAAGGAUACUGUAAAGCGCCUGCAGCGCGACCUCAUCGGAGUCGAGCUUAACACCGAUAUCGUAUAUGCGAUGCAGGAGAUGUGUGCGUACGAGACCGUGUCAAUUGGGUAUUCGCGAUUCUGCGACCUGUUCACGGAGGAAGAAUGGAAGGGCUUCGAGUACAGCAUCGAUGUGAACUUCUGGUACGGCGACGGCCCGGGUAACCCCACGGGUGCAGCGCAGGGCAUCGGUUACGUGCAGGAGCUGGUCGCGCGCUUGACGAAGACUCCCCUCACUGUCUUCGACACGACGACGAACGGCACGCUCGACGGGAACAACAUCACGUUCCCCCUCAACCAGCCGAUUUACAUGGACGCGACGCACGACACAGUCAUCGCCAGCAUUGCUACCGCGAUGAACUUCACCACGAUGACGGCGGGCGGACCUCUUCCUGUGGACCACAUUCCCCUUGACAAUACAUACCACGUCCAGUACAUCGCGCCGUUCGCGUCGCACAUGGAGGGGCAGGUCAUGACGUGCCCGACGUCGAGCGCGCCCUCGGCCCCGAAGGAGACGUACAUCCGGUUCGUGCUGAACGACGGCGUGGUGCCGCUCACAGGCAUCGCGCACUGCGCGACGCCGAACAAGGACGGGCUGUGCCGCCUCGACGACUUCGUCGCGGGGAUGAAGCAGCGCAUCGAGGAGGUCGACUUCCUGUACGACUGCUUUGCAGAUUACCCGGUGCCGUACCCGGACCUGCUGACGAACGGGCGGGAGAAGCUCUGAGUGGAGGAGGAACGCGGGGAGAGGCGUUUGUGGGCGAGCAUGGUGCCAAAAUCACACGCGUUCAGGACUGUAGGACACGAGCACAUGACGCAUAUGGUGUACAAAAUUAAUCGUGUAAUAUGUGUUGUCUCGCCGGACAGCACCACGAGGAGUCGAUCAUGCACCAAU